AUGUCAGCUACUUGGUUAUGUCUUUUAAUGUAUGUUGUUCCUUACAUCUUGUGGACUGUUUCUGGGCCAUGCUAUAUUUGUUCAGCUGAAUGGAGGCUUCGAGAAAAUAUGACGAGUGUUCAGUUCGAAGAUGGAAUUAAUUUAGCGAAUGACGAAGAUAAGUGUGAAGCAAAUGUAAUCAAAGACAUAGAAAAUAAAUUAGAAAUGAUGAACCCAAAGUCAUGGAUCCACGACGAAAUCAAUGGUGCCAAUCUUCGCCAGGAAACUGAGAAAUUUUUCGAAGUGAUUCGAUAUCGUAACAAUACAAACAAAAUACAAGAAAUGAUUGACAAACUAUUAAAUAAAUGGAAAAAAUAUUGGGAACAACAAGAUUUUAAUAAAUGGUCAACGCUUAGAAACUGGUUGAAACUUUCCAAUAUUCGAAGGCGAAUUCAGGUUAUUGAAAAAGAUCUCCGAAACGAUCAAUCGCCAAGAAAUAAGCGAUUAUUAAUGCGAAUCAUAAAAGCUGAAACACUGAUGCAAAUGACAAAAAAGGAACUUCAAGAACUUUAUGCUAAGUACCAUCUCGAAAGCAAAUUAUCAUAUUCAGAAAAUAAGCUACGACAACGAAUCAUGGCUGCGGUAAAAUCGCCUUCUUCUAAGGAAAUUCCAUCACGAGAUAAAAGAAGACGUAAGGUCAGAUAUAAUCAUAUAUAUUGGCCCAAAGCAGCUUACAAACUGUUUUAG